AUGAAGUACAACCUUCGAGUCCUAGUUCCAUCACCGGUCAGCGAUGCUGAAAUCAACACCCAGUACGAGGACAUCCUCAACGUGUCCUUCGCAAACUGGGAGACAAAGAAAGCGCCAAAGAAGUUGACCCAACAGUUAAUCCCCUCAGAGGUGACGACUGUCCGCCAGCUUCUCAGCCGGCAGUUUUGCUCUGGGGUGGCCCCACGGCCGUGGGCUGCCGGGAGCCCGCUCUCGUAUUCAAGCACCCCACCGGUCGCCGCGGAAGACCUGCCGCCUUGGGUCUUCUGCGUGGACCACUACUCUGCCGACACUGCCGUCCACAUACCGAAGGAUGAUGCCGUUCUGGCAUUACCGAGCACCUUCCGUUCGGUAAUCCAUCCCGGCGAUCGCGGCACCCCACUACCAUUCUGGCUCUUGGACUUGUGGCGACGUCUGCGCAACAUCCAUACGGUUCGGUCCAAUGUCGAGCGUGGACUGGAGUGGCUCAGCGAAGUUGGACGACAAGAAGAAGUUGACAGAGCGGUCAUCAAAGUACAGACUGCCCGAAUGCUCAACCUGCUGGCGUUGCUGCACCCAUGGUGCGACCUCUUCUCGCAUCUGACCACGGACGACCGUGACCUCAACGAUGAGUUGAUCGACGCAGUCGUCGCUAUCAUGAUGUGUCAUACCGACCGCCUCACCCGCCCCCUCCACGUCUAUUCCCCUAUCGUGACGCAACUGUCACUGGUAGACUUGGUCAAUCUCUUCGGCAAACUCGCCGCUCGAGGUGACUUCGCUACUGACAGCAUCAUCUGCCUCCCGUGGUAUAUUGGCGGCGAGUGGGUGUUCGUACUCAUCAACAUGGCAAGUGAUGACAUCAGAAUCGGUUAUUGCAUCCCCCAACACGACCACGAUGGCUUACUUGAGAUCGCCAUGCGCACUGCGAUCUGGAUCGCUCACACAGUGGAAGUGUCGGUGCGCCAGACUCGCACCGACUGGAUAGUGUGCAAAUAUCAGUGUGGGGAUGAAGAUCAAGAAGCCUCCGUCUUGUCUGGGCUUGCUAUCGCUGUAGGAUUUCUGAAGAACAUUUUGGAAGGGGUGACGGUUUUCUCAAGCGAAACAGCACAAAGACAUCGCAUAGAAGUCCUCUUUGCCAUCUUGGACCACCACCCUCAUAAUCCGGUCAUCUUGGAAGAUGAGAAGCUGAGUCUGUGGGAGUCGCAGGACACAGUACGGAGUGGGUCGUUACCGGCCACUUCCGACGGGGAAGAUCUCCGCUCGGCAUCACCGGUAUCGCGCUCGGUAGGCUCCGCCGGCCCGGGAUCCCCCUCCCCACCGCCAAUCUUCUCCCAUACACUGGUGACCGAUAUGGCGCCUCCUCCGUCACUCCCAGUCUUUACGCGUACCCUAGUACCGGCCACUUCCAACCAGACUGAUCGCCACUCGGUAUCACCGGUACUCCCCCCAAUCCGCCCUGCCAUCUUGACUGGCCCCUCUCCACUGGCAGUCUUCUCCCAGACACUGAUGCCUCCCUUGACAGUCCUUUCCACAUCGCCGCCAGUGUUCAUGCGGACACUCGAACCACCGUCGUCUUCCUCGACCGCUACAUCACCUUGGGAUUUCGAUUUCCAGAGUGGCAAGCGGCUUUCUGACCUGUAUGGCGGGUUAGUAGACCCCUUUACGCCCCCAAAGGAGGUCACAUACAUGAUACCUGGGUUCUUCAGUGGAUUGGGCCAACUGGACACUUCACUCAGGAGUGAUGACCGCCCAGUACCGCCGGAAUCCGCCUUGGUCGCUGCGCCAGUCUUCUCCCGGACACUGGCACGACCCUUGACAACCCUUUCCACAUCGCCGCCGGUGUUCACGCGGACACUCGAACCAAGCCUGAUGGGUGGUAGUGAUCACCACGGGUCACCCCCGGGUAAUUUUGAGUUGACCCGGACCCGGACCCGCGAAACCCGGACCCGUGAGCUCACGGGUCCGGGAAUGGACGUCCUCGACUGCCUCUGGGCCCACCACGAGUCCACCUCUGGCUGGCCUGUCGAGAGCCGCGAGAACGUGUUCACCCUCUGGCUCUACUGGUUUCCCCUCACCCGAAAAACUCGCCGUGCACCUGGCACCCUCCACGCCAAGCUCGCGAAGCAAGCCCGGCCGUACGCAUCGCUCUGGGACUGCGUGCAAGGGCGAGAGGCGUACGGGCGCACGUGGAGCGACUGGCUGACGAGCCUGAACGUGCGGCAGGAGAACAACUGGGGGCGUCGGAGGACGUGCUUUGACUCCUGGACCCUCGGUGUGCCCCUCGGUGCCGGCCCCAAGGGCAAGGUCACCCCCAGCUGUCCGUCCAGGCUCUGGCCAGCCUGGGGCGCGUAUGCGCUCUACGGCCGCGUCUGCCCCUGGGACGGCCUCGUCAUUGCCGUCCCCGUCCAGAUCCCGCCAGUGCGGCAGCGGCGCGAGCGGCACGUCGACUGGGACUGGCGCGCCGCGAUCAGCUCACGAGCCUCAGCACCCAGCAGGAGAACUACUGGUAGCGGUGGACCGUGGUGGGCCUGCUUCGACCCCUGGGCCCACGGCGUCCCCCUCGGUGGCCCCAAGUUCACACCCAGCUCUCUCUCCGGGCUUUGGGCGGGCCACCACCUUGACCCAGACGUGGACGGGCACGCGCUCGCGGUGCACUCGUACCCGUUCGACGCGAGGGUCGAGAACACGCCGUUCUCCGCUGUGGCCCCCGCGCUCUUCUUCGACCUGCAUGAGCACUACUACAUGUCCCCCGCCCUGCCCCUCCCGCUCUGGGAGCUGAGCAACGCGAUGGACGAGGGCGCGCUGAACGCGUACGCCGUCCAGCACACCGCGCGCGCGCGCGGCAGGGCAUGCCCGAGGAUGGGGCGGUGGGGGGCUGGAGAAGGUGCAGAGAAGGGCGAGGUGCAGGGGAGAUGGAUCCUCGAGGCCUCACACAUACGCCUGGGGGGAGGGCUCAUUCGUGCGCCGUCCGUCGAGCGUGGCUCUCUCGAUGCGGUUUGCGAGAGGAUCCGGAAACCGAUGCGACACGUGUACAGAACGAGCUGCACCGGCGCGUCCUCGCUGCCACGCUCUCUCUGUGCUCCCGUUUCCGGCGCGCGCGCGUCCUCCACCACCAUGACGUCCACGAGUGGGAGCGCAUCUGCACCGUGGGGGUUCACCCUGCGGGUGCAUGGGCCCGACUCUCCACUGUUGGAAUUCACUCAGAAGCUCACCAUGCCCGUGACUGCCGAACUGUCUCCUCCGGUAUUCAGCCAAAGGCUUGCCAUUCCGUCGACGACAUCCUCUUCGCAGCCGGUAUUCACCCGCACACUCGAGUCGCUGUCGGCAUCCUUGACCGUCCCAGGCCCACCACCGGCUUUCACACGAGGGCUCGCCGUCGAGUCCAAACCGAUGUCGUCACAGCCAGUAUUCAUGCGAACGCUCGCACCUGCUGACGCUUCACCACCGGCAUUCAUCCGGCAACUGGCCCGCCCUCCAACACUGACCUCCGCACCACCGGUGUUCACUCGCACACUGUCCAGUGCUGUGGAACCUAUGCCACCGGUGUUCGCACGUAGGCUGGCCGUCCCUUCAACCUCCUCGUCCUCACCCCCAGCUUUCACGUGCCAGCUGGCGAAUCCUACCAUGGGUCCCACCGAUGAGAAGAUGAAUAUCGAGGAGCCUGGGCAUUCAGUUGCUCCUCCCGCCUUCAAACGCUUGUUGAAGCACGUUUCCGAGCGUGAACAUAGCGCGGACUCAUGA